AUGAAUGUUAAACAGCUAAUAGCAUUAAAUGAGGUAAAAAAUGGUCAUAACCUUUUGGUUUUGGGGCAAAGUGGAACGGGGAAGAGCCAUUUGGUCUGUACUAUAGAACAAGAACUAAAAAAAGGGGGGAAAACGGUCGCAGUCACAGGAACAACAGGAGUGGCUUCCUUAAAUAUAGGUGGGAUUACUGUCCAUUCCUGGUCUGGUAUAGCAGAUGGUCAUUAUUCUAACGACAAAUUAUUACAAAAGUUGAAUAUUGAUGAACAUUUUCAAAAAUACAAAUUGAACAUCAAGCAAACAGAUGUUUUGAUUCUUGAUGAAAUAUCAAUGCUUUCUGCAAAAUUGUUUAAUCAGAUUGAAUUUAUAUGUAGAAAUAUCAGAGAUAGUGAUCUUUAUUUUGGAGGUAUACAAAUAAUUGGGUCAGGAGAUUUUUUUCAGCUCCCCCCAGUUCCAGAUUUACUUAACAGAGACCCUGGAGAAUUCUGUUUUAAGUCUGAAAUUUUUAAAAAUGUAUUUAGACAUAAAGUAGUGCUCGAUAAAGUAAUGCGUCAAGAUGAACCUGAUUUUGUGAAGGCCAUACAUGAUAUUUCAAGAGGAGAGCUACCAACUGAUACGCAUAAUUUGUUAAAACGUCUCCAAAGGCCACUCCCUCCUGGCAAUGACCCCAUCAGACUCUUUGCAAGAAAUUUUGACAGAGAAGUGUAUAAUGCGUCGCGCCUUCUUGAUCUAGAAGGAGAUUUAAAAUCAUUUCAUUCUCUUGAUGAAGGAGACCCAACUAAAUUAAGGAAAAUGUCUGUUGGUCAAUCUUUACAUAUAAAAAUAAACUGUCCAGUAAUGUUGGUGAAAAAUUUAAGUAAAAAUCUUGUCAAUGGGUUACAAGGAACUGUGCAGGAAAUAAAUACUGACAAUAACACUGUCACUGUUAACUUUAAUGGUUUGAUAACUGACAUAAAAAGAGAAAUGUUCACAGUUUAUAGUUCAAUUGAUAACAAAGUUGUAGCUAGUAGACUACAAAUACCAUUAGUCUUGUCAUAUGGUGCGACUAUUCAUAAGGCACAAGGGCUUACUUUGGAUAGAGUUGAGGUUGAUUCUUCAAAUAUUUUUAAAGCAGGACAACUGGGUGUGGCAGUUGGUAGGGUAAGAAAAAAGAAAGGACUGAGAUUGAUUGAUUUUCAUACUAAAAAUGUAAUAAAACCUGAGAAAUCCCUAUUUGAAUUUUAUGAACUGAAUUCUGUUCCAUUUCUUAGUGAUUUGGAAUGCUGCAAUAUUUCAUAUUCCUUAGCAACAGAAUUUAAUUUAGAGUUUGAAGAAAAUGUUUUAUCUGAAUCAGAAUUAUCAGAAUUCACUUAUGAAGAAAUUGAUGAAAUUGAGAAAAUGGUACAUGUUAAUAAAAAUAAGGGUGAUAGUGUUGCAUCUGAAGAUGAGAUACACAAUGUACAAGUGAAUUUAAAUGACUGUCCAAUAAGUUUAGAUGACAUACGGUCAUGUUUACCUGAUAUGCUGGUGACUGAUGAACAGGUUUUUAUAAAUGAGCGAUUGAAUUUACUGCUAGAAACGCAUAAAUUACAACUAAAUUUAUAUCUGACGACAAUUUUUGAAAAUAUUUCAGAUAUACAUGAACAGGUUUUUGGAAGUGAAUCUACUGAAAAAAAGACAGAUUCAAAAUCAUGGACAAACUAUUUCAGCAAACUCUAUAAGUUUUCACAUUCUAAUGAAUAUAUUUCUCUCAUUGAAAAUUGUUGCAAUAGGAAGGCAGAAUCUGAUGACUUCACAGUUUUUAGUAGAAUUUUUGACUUUGUUUCACAUUUUAUUAUAGAAAAUAAAACUAGUAACAUUAAGGAUUCAACUGAAUCCUCACCUCAACAAAGUGCAUACUCAAAUGAUGAUGCAGGCUUGGGCAAACUUAGGUAUAUUGCUGGAAGAUGUAUUGCAAAAUCCAAGUAUCAUUACAUGACAAUAGGAAAAAAUAACAUGUAUAAGAAAAACAAACAGUCCUGUGUGACUGAUUGCUUCCUUAAAGUAAAAAUAUUGGAUUAUAUGACAACAACAUAUGCUGAUUUAUUGGAGAGUAGUUCAUACAAAGAAAGCCUUGAAGAAACCAAAAGAAAACAAAAUUUAACACAAGGAUUAACUGACAUAAAAGAUGAUGUAUUAGACUUUUUUGUUGAUAUUGAUAGAAACCGAAUAAAUUAUCAGAAUGAAAAAAUGUUUCAUAAACAUGGCUCUAAUAUAUUUAAUUUUGUUCAUGAGAAAUUAUUAAGCAGCAAGACACUUUUUAGUAAUUUUCAGAAAUUAUUACAGAAUUUUGAUCUCACAGCUACCUUUGUAAGAGUGGAUGAGGACUUAGCAAUGGCUUGUUUGAAAGCGCUAUAUUCAGACUUAAUUUUGAGAUUUUGUCGAGUAUCUGACAACCAAUUUCGAAAAGACUUAAUUAAAAGUUUUGGAAUGCAAAAAUCUGAAACUCUUAGAAAAAGGGUUGUUGAAACAGCAAAAAGAGACAACACCAGUAAACAAAUUUCAAUGUCAUACAUUUUGAAUGAUAAAUCUGAAAAUAAAAUAAGUUCACACCUAAAACUGCAAUCCUGCAUUUGUGAUUCUGGUACAUUAGUUUUAAAAUGUUUUACAAAAAAGCAAUUAAUGUGUCUAGGAAAAGCAUAUGACAUAAACAUGUCUAUAAAAGAUACCAAACAAGGUAUGUGUGAUAAUUUACUAGCCACUGUGCCUAAUUUUAUUAGUAUUCCAAAUGUGCGUCAACUAACAAAUUCUGAAGACAAUGAACAAGCUGUUGAAAACCUUGAACAUGUACCAGUUGUUGAAGACCUUAAACAAUCUGCGUCAAAAAAAGGAAGUAAGAGAAAAAGAAAACCAUUCACUCCUAAAAGCAGGAUAACAAGAAAGAAAAAUUUGGAAAAAAUUCAAAAAGAUGAAAUUGUUUGCUCAAUAUGUAGUUGCAAGUUUAACACUGUUGAUGAAAGGAUACAAUGUGACAUAUGUGACAACUGGUAUCACAAAGAAUGUCAGAAUAUAUCAGCUGAUCAAUUAAUAGAUAAAACAGAAGAUGAUUGGUAUUGCAUGAAGUGCUGUGAAUAGAUGACCAAACAUUUCUGCCGCUGAUCAGUGAAAAACUCCACCAAUGUACUAGAGUGUUCAAGAAAUUGGAUAACUGCACUUAAUGCCUGCUGACCAGCUUCACCACUGAGAG